GUUAGGAUUUUUUUUUAAAUUAUAAUACUCAUGGAAACAGCAAGACCCAGCACACACUAAGAAAUGGAAGGCACUACCCAAAAUCCAAAAGAGGCGAUACCAUCGAAACGACCAAACGUUGGGCAAAGGAACUCUCAGAGCGAAAAUAGCAUUCAAGGUGACACAAAGAAGAUGAACUGGGCUACUUCGCUGCAGCAUGUAAAUAAAGCGCGUGGUCCACGACCUGGAUGUGGUAGCACCCUAUGCUGACAACAGGCAUCUCCUCAGAAAAUCUCUGGUGCUAGGGGGCUCGAAUUUUGGCAAGACCUGCAUUGUGCAUAGAUACUACUGCCAUGAGAAAUACUACGACACAUGCAUCUCCACCAUUGGUGCAUCUGCAACUGCAACUGCACCUGCAUCUACAUCCAACAGAUUGCCGAGAACUUUGACAUGCCCUUCUUUGAGGUCUCGUGCAAAUCGAACAUCAACAUUGAGGAUGCGUUUCUGUCGCUGGCCCGCAAAAUACGUGAACAACGAGAGCGAAGGGGCGACAAUCUUGACAACGAGGAGAACAAAGACAAGAAAUCCCCUGGAUCGAAUGGCCUCGGUACCUUCACCUUUACCUUAUCUGCUAGAUGAUAGAUGAUAUACGAGAUGCGAUUCCAACCGCAAACCGAACACCGAAAACCUGAGAACAAAGUUGUCCAAAGCUGUUGAAGCUGAAUUGUAGCCGAAGUUCGUGCAUAUCCAAUGCCAAGAAAUUACAAGAAACCAAAGCGCGAGAUGAACAUUUUAAAUGCAAACAAUAGGGUCGAUACGUUAGUUUGAAUUCGCCAUGUAACAAACUGAGCAAAAUUU